AAUGCGGCGGCAGGCAGCCUGGCUCAGUGAAGAUGGCGGACUGUAUACGUGUUCCUCUGCUCCUGCUCCUCGUCUGCGUCUUAUCCUCUGUGCGCCCGACUCGAGCAGAAAACAACAACGCGCCCAAGCUUCCCGUCAAUGCCAACGAGCAGCAGAACCCGGCCGGGGGCCCGGGGCCCGCCGCGGGGCUCGCGGCGGCCGCGGACAGGAACCAGGGAGCCGGGGCCUCGCUGCUCCGGAGGCGCUCUGCCGGCUGGAAGUUGGCUGAGGAGGCGGUGUGCAGGGAUGACUUGACGCGGCUCUGCCCGAAGCACUCGUGGAACAACAACCUGGCGGUGCUGGAGUGUCUCCAGGACAGGAAGGAGGAAACUGAAAUCGCAGCUGAAUGCAACCAUCUCCUGUGGAACUACAAGCUCAACCUGACCACGGACCCCAAGUUCGAGUCGGUGGCUGUGGAGGUCUGCAAAACGGCCAUAUCCGAGAUCAAGGAGUGUGCAGCCGAGGAGCUGGGGAAGGGCUACCUGGUGUCCUGCCUGGUGGACCACCGCGGCAACAUCACCGACUACCAGUGCAACCAGUACAUCACCAAGAUGACCAGCAUCGUCUUCAGCGACUACCGGCUCAUCUGCGGCUUCAUGGACAAGUGUCGCGACGACAUCAAUGUGCUGCGCUGCGGCAGCAUCGCCAUCGGGGAGAAGGACGUCCACUCGCAGGGAGAAGUGAUCGCCUGUCUGGAGAAGGCCCUGGUGCGGGAGGCGGAGGAGCAGCCGGGGGCGCACCCCAUCCGGGACGACUGCAAGAAGGCCAUCAUGCGGGUGGCGGAGCUGUCCUCGGACGACUUCCACCUGGACCGCCACCUCUACUUCGCCUGCAGGGAGGACCGCGAGCGCUUCUGCGAGACGACUCUGGCCGGCGAGGGCAGAGUUUACAAGUGUCUCUUCAAUCACAAGUUUGAGGACGUGAUGUCUGAGAGGUGUCGCGAGGCCCUGACCACCAGGCAGAAGCUGAUCGCCCAGGACUACAAGGUGAGCUACUCGCUGGCCAAGGCCUGCAAGGCGGACCUGAAGAAGCACCACUGCAGCGUGGACACCAGCAUGCCCCGCGCCCGCGAGGCCCGCCUGUCCUACCUGCUGCUGUGCCUGGAGGCCGCCGUGCACCGAGGCCGCGUGGUCACCGGCGAGUGUCAGGGCGAGAUGAUGGACUACCGGCGCAUGCUGAUGGAGGACUUCUCGCUGAGCCCGGAGAUCGUGCUGCACUGCCGGGCGGAGAUCGAGGGCCACUGCUCCGGGCUGCACCGCAAGGGCCGCACGCUGCACUGCCUGAUGAGGGCGGGCCGCGGAGACCUGGGCAGCAUCGAGCCCAAGUGCCAGAAGGCGCUCCAGACGCUGAUCCAGGAGGCCGACCCUGGAGCCGACUACCGCAUCGACCGGGCGCUCAACGAGGCCUGCGAGUCCGUCAUCCAGACGGCAUGCAAACACAUCCGCAGCGGGGAUCCCAUGAUCCUGUCCUGUCUCAUGGAGCAUCUGUACACCGACAAGAUGGUGGAGGACUGCGAGCGCCGCCUGCUGGAGCUGCAGUACUUCAUCGCCAGGGACUGGAAGCUGGACCCCAUCCUGUAUAAGAAGUGUCAGGGCGACGCUUCGCGGCUCUGCCACACUCACGGCUGGAACGAGACCAGCGAGAUGAUGCCGCCCGGCGCCAUCUUCUCCUGCCUGUACCGCCACGCCUACCGCUCCGUGGAGCAGGGACGCAGGCUCCCGGACGGGACAGCAGACCGGCGCGCCUCUCUGUCCCGGGACUGUAAGGUGGAGGUGCAGAGGAUCCUCCACCAGAGGGCGCUGGACGUGAAGCUGGACCCCGAGCUGCAGCGGCGCUGCAUGAUCGACCUGGGCAAGUGGUGCAGCGAGAAGACGGAGGCGGGCCAGGAGCUGGAGUGCCUGCAGGACCACCUGGAGAACCUGGACUCAGACUGCAGGGACGUGGUGGCCAACCUGACGGAGCUGGAGUCGGAGGACAUCCAGCUGGAGGUGCUGCUGAUGCGAGCCUGCGAGCCGGUGAUCCAGGCCUACUGCCACGAGGUGGCCGACAAUCAGAUCGACUCCGGAGACCUGAUGGAGUGUUUGGUUCACAACAAACACCAGAAGGAGAUGAAUGAGAAGUGCUCCGUGGGAGUGACGCACUUCCAGCUGAUCCAGAUCAAAGACUUCCGCUUCUCCUACAAAUUCAAGACGGCCUGCAAGGAGGACGUCCUCAAGCUGUGUCCCAACAUCAAGAAGAAGGUGGACGUGGUGAUCUGCCUCAGCACCACGGUGAGGAACGACACCCUGCAGGACGCCAAGGAGCAGCGAGUCUCCGUCAAGUGCCGCAAGCAGCUGCGGGUGGAGGAGGUGGAGAUGUCGGAGGACAUCCGCCUGGAGCCGGAGCUGUACGACUCCUGCAGGCAGGACAUCAACAGGCUGUGUCAGAACGUGGCCUUUGGCAACGCGCAGGUCAUCGAGUGUCUGAAGGAGCACAAGCGUCAGCUGACGCAGCGCUGCCACCAGAGGAUCUUCAAGCUGCAGGAGGUGGAGAUGGCCGACCCCGAGCUGGACUACCAGCUGAUGAGGGUCUGCAAGCACAUGAUCAGGCGGUUCUGCACCGAGGCGGAGGGGAAGAACAUCCUCCAGUGUCUGAAGCAGAACAAGAACAGCGAGCUGAUGGACCCCAAGUGCAAGCAGAUGAUCACCAAGAGGCAGAUCACCCAGAACACGGACUUCAGGCUGAACCCGGUGCUGAGAAAAGCCUGCAAAGCCGACAUCCCCAAGUUCUGCCAGCCAAUCCUGAACAAGGCCACGGCCGACAGCGAGCUGGAGGGCCAGGUCAUCUCCUGCCUCAAGCUCAAGUACGCCGACCAGCGUCUGUCUCCAGACUGUGAGGACCAGAUCAGAGUCAUCCUGCAGGAGUCCGCUCUGGACUACAGGCUGGACCCUCAGCUGCAGAUCCACUGCACGCAGGAGAUCUCCCAGCUGUGCUCGGAGGAGGCGGCGGCCCAGGAGCAGACGGGGCAGGUGGAGGAGUGUCUGAAGGUCAACCUGCUCAAGAUCAAGCAGGACGGCUGCAAGAAGGAGGUGCUCAACAUGCUGAAGGAGAGCAAGGCUGACAUUUUUGUGGACCCGGUCCUUCAUACGGCCUGCGCUCUGGACAUCAAGCACCACUGUGCAGCCAUCCCGCCCGGCAAGGGACGCCAGAUGUCCUGCCUGAUGGAGGCGCUGCAGGACAAACGCGUCCGUCUGCAGCCCGAGUGCAAGAGGAGGCUGCAGGACCGCAUCGACAUGUGGAGCUUCGCUGCCAAGGUGGCCCCCGCUGAGGGUUUCUCGGACCUGGCCAUGCAGGUGAUGUCGUCGCCGUCGAAGAACUACAUCCUGACGAUGAUGGGCGUGGGCGUGGGGCUGCUCUUCCUGAUGGGGCUGCUGUGCGGCAGGGUCACCAAGCGCGUCACUCAGGAGCUGAAGGACAGUGAGCCUCAGCAGCGCCCCCUGAAGGCAGAGUCUCGACCUGCUACGGACCAGACUGUCAAAGCACGGAAGGUCAGUCCCUCCUACGGCUCCAUCGUCUUCUGAGCGCUGUGGAUUUCAUGCUGAAGUAUGUCAAAUGUCGCUGUGGGAUUGACAGACUUGCAGCCCAGCGCACUGUGGCUUGGAUGCACCUUUUGUGGGAUUGGCAUCAAAACGUUGCAUCAUUUAUUUUGAUAUUAGUGGGUAAUACUGCAGCUCUCCACCUCACACGGGUGGAGGGUUUCUGUUUUUUUCCUUGAGAUUUUAUAAAAUUCAAGUGAACCCAAAAUCAUAUCUACAAAUCAUUAAUCAUUGGUUUUAUAACCUCAGGGUCUCUGUGGUUUGUUAGUGGGAACCUUUGGUGCUUUGGGGCAUUUGGGGCAUUUUCAUGUUUCAUGUUUCUUGCACCAAUCAUCCCAAUUCCAGGGAAUUCCCAAACUCCAGCAGAGACUGAAAUCAUCAGCAAGCACUCCAUGCCUCGAUUCACUCAGUUCCUUGUAUGCACUUAUUAAAGGCACAGUUCAAAGAA